UGGGUGGGUUGCAACUGGACCUACUGGUGUUAUUUUGACGACAAUGAAUAAUGCCUUCCAGAUAGGAGGACUGAUUGCUAAGGAAAUUAAAAUAAAUGAAGCGAAAAAUGGAUGGAUUUCUUUAAUUCAAAAUGGAACUACAUGAAUCAAAAAAGAAAAAAAAAGUCAGAUUACAACCGCAGCAACCAUUGCCAAUAAUUUUCGAUGAAGAUGGUAAUAUAAUCGUAUUUACGGCACAUUUAAGUGCUUUGGGCACUUGCAUUGAUGAACCAGAUGAUAUGGCAGCCGUUCAUUCUAUGGGAUUCUUUGGAAAAGGAUCUCUUUCCAGAAGCUAUCCCGCUUUUGGAAGAGCGCGCUAUGGAGCUCCUCCUGUAAUUAGAAACAGACAGUGGGUUCGAAGAAUGAAAUGGGUCGAGGAAGUAAAACAACUCUCUUUAGAAUCCUUUGCAGAGGGAAAAGACGAUGCUUUAUCUGAAGAAAUGGCAAUGGAUUAUCUUCAAAAUCAACCAAGUACUUCUGGACUUUGUGGAAAAGAACCGCAACCAUCAACAUCAACUGCAAAGAGUCCAGAGCCGCAAGAAGAUGUACCUGAAAUUAUCGAGAGUAUUGAAGUCAUAGGAGAAAAAACUUCGAAAUCAGGAGAAUUUUCUAAAAGAAGAACACUCGACCUUCAUGAGCCAAGUGACAUAGAAAUACUAGAACUUCCCAAGGAAUCCCCCAAAAAAGUGUCUAAACCCUCGAAAAUUGUGGACGAAGUAGUUCUCGAUUCCACCGAAGAUGAAGAGAUUUACGAGAUCCCAAAUGAAGAAUUGUGCAGUAAAACUGAUAAAAAUCAAAGUGAUAAUCUCUGGCAGAGCGAGGAAUUGGACCUUUCAUCAGAAGACGAAAAUGAUGUUGAGAUUCAGGGAAAAGUUUUAGUUUUGCCGGACAGUGAUUCUGAAAAUGAGGAUUAUUUCCGAGAUAUUAAACCUCGAAUUGAAAACGAUGGUUUUCCAGUGAAAGAAACUUUGCACCUAACAUUUGAGGAAACCUUUUUCCUAAUGUUUGGAUUAGGCUGUUUACGAGUGGUGGACUUUCAGGGAAAGGUGCUCUCUAUCAAGGAAGCGUGGGAACAUUUUUGUAGGGAGGAUCCAUUUUUUGUGCAGAAAUAUGUGAUUUAUCAUUAUUUUCGCAGCAAAGGCUGGGUCGUAAAACCUGGGCUGAAGUAUGGAGGCGAUUUUUUGCUCUAUAAACAAGGACCGCCAUUUUAUCACGCAUCGUAUAUUGUGAUAAUAGACGUUGUCGAUGCAGUUAAUUUAAGACGAAUUGAAGCGAAAACGAUGCGAAAGAUGCAAUUUAAAAAUUUAAUUGGAAUGGAGAGAUUAUCCGAAGCAGCUGCAAAGGAAAUUCUCUUGGCUCAAGUUCUCUGGCCGGAUUCUAUCCCGCGAAACAAUUACACAUCUGCCAUAGUAAAUUUAUCCCAGUUCACAGUUAACGAAUUAUUAUGGAGGCGAUGGAGAUUCGGCAAAGAAGGAAAAGCCUCAACUUCGACUCAAUCCGACGAAGAAGACGACGAGGAUUCUUCAUAAGACUGAGAUUACAUGAGUUUUGCGUGAAUAAAAUAUUGUGUGUGUAUGUUGAAAUUGAUAUUUUCAACAAAAUUUAUUUAUUGACUUUGCAGAAGCAAGAAAAUUUUGUUGAUGCAUAAACAAAGUGUAUGCGUGAAAUAUAUAACGUAUUUUUA